AUGGUCGUGAGGAGCAUCCUGGUUGUACUCGGCCCGGCCCUCUGCCCCAUACAGCAACUGCAGCGGCUUCUUAUACUUUCAGUGUUGCUGGGGACCCAGAGCGGGUUAGGUGCCCCUAUUGCCUGCGGGUGCAUCACGUGCUGGAGGGGCACCGGGCAGAGGGAGGGCGGGGUGGCAUGCCCUGGCGGGUGCGUAUCCAGCAGCCGCUUUGCUGCUGGAAGGCAGAUAUGUCGCUUGCGGGCGGAGCAGGUAGGAGAAUACGGGCGCCCGCAGCCCCCGGCGCCCUCCGCGGGUGGACCGGUGCCUCACGCGACGCACUGCGGAAGCGUAUGGGCGUGGCGCACGGUGAAAGUCCCGCUCGGGCCAGUUCGGCCGCGCCCCGGACCAGCGCCCUAUGGAACUAGUUUGCGUUGGCCGGGAAGAGGGGGGUGGGGAACUCGCGUCGGGGUUUCGCGGCGAGAGGCGCAGCGUCUGCACUGCUUCUCCAUCCUUGUCGCGGAGCGAACACCAGGCAUCGAUGCCGGCGGAUUUUACAAGGAGGGUUCAAGGUGGGGAGAGGCGCCGUGGUUUGGAAGCGGCGUGGGUGAGGAGGCGCCGGGUCACAUUUUAUUCUGCUGUGCGUUCCUUGCGGGCCGGCGGGCGAAAUUUGGCUUUGGGGGUAUUGGAGGUGCCCGAGCUUCACUUUGGCCAGCCACUGGCUCGGUUCUUUUGCAAUCCGUUCGGUCUCCGCGGCCACUGAUUUGCCCACGGCCGGCAGCGACAUAG